AUGACUACCGUAAAAAAAUUCGUUGCGAUCGCUUUUCUCUUGGCAAUUUGUCUUUUCGUUUUAUCUGACGCGGCUCCCUUCAUUGUGCAACAAGCAGACGGCGGUGACGGCGGUAAAGGUGGUAACGCUGAUGGCGGAGACGCCAAAGCCAAUGCAAAAAAUAAAAGCGUUGCCGCUGCUUUUGGCGGUCAGGCCAUUGGCGGUAAAGGUGGUAACGGUGGUAAAGGUGGUAAAAAUUCGGCCAAAGAAGAUUGUGAUGCCAAGAA